ACACACACACACACACACACACACACACACACACACACACAGGCGUGUGACUAACAGCUAGUGAAGCAUUCAGGGCUCCUGACAGGAUGUUGAAGACUCUUCUGUGGUGUCUCCACGCUCUGCCUCAGCUCGGCACGACACAGAUCAGAAUCGGGUGAUGCUCAGGCUCUGGACCCGGGCCACCACAGCAACUGCUUAGUUAAAUUAUUGAUUGCACGGUUGCUGAGGAGCAAAAAAUGAGGUGGGCAGCGCUGAUGGUUUGGAUAAUGCUUCUGGUGAGAGUGUCCCAGUGUGCUCAGGGUCUGUACGCUCACAAGCUUCUGAAUGACCUGAUGGAGAACUACUCCAAUGCUCUGAGACCUGUGGAGGACACAGACAAGUCCUUGAACGUCUCCCUGCAGAUCACGCUGUCGCAGAUCAAAGACAUGGAUGAAAGGAACCAGGUGUUAACCACCUACCUGUGGAUCAGGCAGGUCUGGCACGAUGCCUACCUGAAGUGGAAUAAAGAGGACUACGAUGACUUGGAGAUGAUCAACAUCCCCAGUGACCUGGUUUGGAAGCCAGACAUUGUCCUCUACAACAAAGCAGACGAGGAGUCCUCUGGACCAUCAAACACCAACGUGAAGCUGCGUUAUAAUGGAGAGAUAGUUUGGGACUCCCCAGCCAUCACAAAGAGCACGUGUGUGGUGGAUGUCUCCUACUUCCCCUUUGACUGGCAGUCGUGCAAUCUCACCUUCGGCUCCUGGACGUACAACGGCAACCAGCUGGACAUCAGUCUGGCCAUGGAGACCGGAGACCUGUCUGACUUUGUGGAGAACGUGGAGUGGGAGUGUCACGGCAUGCCUGCGUUUAGGAAUGUUAUGAUGUACGGAUGCUGCUCGGACCCUUACACAGAGGUCACCUACACCCUGCACCUGAAGCGUCGCUCCUCCUUCUACAUCUUCAACCUCCUCCUGCCCUGUUUCCUCAUCUCCUUCCUGGCUCCUCUGGGGUUCUACCUGCCGGCCGACUCAGGGGAGAAGGUCUCUCUGGGGGUGACGGUGCUGCUGGCACUCACGGUGUUCCAGCUGCUGGUGGCAGAGAGCAUGCCUCCUGCAGAAAGCAUGCCCUACAUAGGGAAGUACUACAUCGCCACCAUGACCAUGAUCACAGCCUCCACAUCCCUCACCAUCUUCAUCAUGAACAUCCAUUUCUGUGGUGCUGAGGCUAAACCGGUCCCACAAUGGGCCAAGGUGCUAAUCAUCGACUACAUGUCCAAGAUCUUUUUUGUCUAUGAAGUGGGAGAGAACUGCACCACUCCUGAGAGUAAAAGGACCCCUUUGUACCCAGAGGAACCCAUGGGAGACAAAGGAUGUUACCAUGACGACAGCCUCCACAAUGAACUCUACCAUCAGGACAGCGACCCAUACAAGUACAGCAAUGGUCUAGCCGGAAACCAUCACAACAAACAUUACAGGAACCAAGCGAAUGGGAAUGCCAACAGCAGGUACCAUUACCACAAUCAGAACAACCAUGCUUCCAGGCUGGAGAGGGGUGACGUGAGGGUAGAGGCCACACAGCGCUAUCACCACAUCCAGAGAGACGAACUGAUUUACCGGGCUCCUCCAGACCCACACAACUUCCAGCAUCUAAACGGAGGACGUAAGGAGCAGAAUCUCUACUCCUCAGAGAGGUUUCAGGUCCCAUCCUGCCCCUGCUGCUGCCCCUGCCUCCAACAUAAACAGGUGGUGAAGAACAUCCAGUACAUCACUAACUUCUUCCGUGAGCAGAGAGCUACGUGUGUCAAGGUGGCCGAGUGGAAGAAGGUGGCUAAGGUGAUGGAUCGCUUCUUCAUGUGGAUCUUCUUCUUCAUGGUCUUCCUCAUGAGCAUCCUUAUUAUUGCCAAGGCGUCCUGACAGACUCUUCAUCACUAGGACAAACCCUUCAGCAUCUCCAGCUUUUGAUUUGAAUGUGAACAGAAGUCCGAACUUUCAUAUUUUUGUUGGUGAUGUAUGCAUGUGAGUGAAUAUUUUCUUACGUUUUGUUCUGAUGUUGCUGCUCAGAUUCAACCAUCUAGAAACCCCCAUCAGGUCUUCCAGGUUAAUUAAAGUCAGGCGUCCCUGCACGUGUCACAAAGCAACAGCACCGUAAGACAAUCCGGUCCUCUCGCCUUGGACAUGCGGGUACUCUCCAUUAUUGAUGAGCUAACAACCAGACAUCCAGUCUUAUGUUUCUCACAUUUGGGGCUACCAGAGGACAUCCCUCCGUGUGUGUGUGUGUGCACACAGAGCAAAUCAGCAUAAACACACGCAAGCUUAUCCAUAAUCAAGACAAGGUCAAAGGUCACUGACAAAAAAGAUCCUCAUUCGAGUCAUCAAUACUUGAAAAUGAGAGUUGGAGUGAAUGCUGUAUUUGUUUUUUUUAUCAAGAGUUCUCAUUAAAAAUGACACUUUCAACCCGUGAAGCCCACCCCCUAACACUAUUAAUGAAACUACGCUUUCCUUAAUAAAGAUUAAUGAAUGAAUCUGUUCAACAUGGUUUAACUUACAUCUUUGUGGUGAUUAGUGUGUGCAUAUGACAAAAAUAUUGUUUGUAUAAAAUUGGUGUUUAAUUAAAACAUUUAUAUUAUAAAAGAAUAUCCCUAAAGCGGUUCCAUUAGU